AUGGGGUUAUCUUUGGAUUCAAGGACUAGAACUGACGCAGGGUCACAACGUCAUCCCCACAUCUACAGCCAGGUGUCCCUCGCCUCUAGUAUUUCCUUCUGUGUCGGUCGGCAGGCGUCCCUGUCUCGCAGGUCUUCUCCCUCCUCAUUGUACCGAGAAGCAGCAGCAGGAAAAAAAAAAGCCACGGCAAUGGCCGAUCGGCGAGGCGACGGCAUGCACCAGCAGCCCCCUUACUCGUCGGGCCAUCAGGAGCGGGUCUUCGACGGCGGCGGCGGCAGCAGCGGAGGCCCGGCGUUCGGGAACGACUACGAUCCUGGUUCAUCCUACAUGUCGCUUCUUGGCUCCGGCGUCAACCCCCAGCACUUGCUGCCGGCACCGCCGGCAUGGGCGGUCGAGGAGGUGGCCCCGCCGACGAUUAAUCUCACUCCUCAGUUCUCCAUGGCAAACUAUGUGCCGACGUCGUCCUACCAGCAACAGCAGCACCAGACGGCUGCCUCCUUCGUGGCACCCCUCGCCGCCAAUCUCCACCCCUACCAGUCGUCGUCGUCGUCCUACUUCCAGGCCGACCCGCUGCCGCAAUGGCCUCCGCGGGCAAUGGCGCCGUCGCCCUCCUCCUCCCUGCUGCCCCGCAACUUCACGCUCCACCAAACGCCGGCGUACCCGCACCACCACGAGCAGCAGAUGCACAUGCAGCUGCUGCGCGCGGCGGCGCUGGGCGGCCCGCACGCGGCGCCGGCGCCCCCCAUCGAGCAGCCGGCCAAGGACGGCUACAACUGGCGCAAGUACGGGCAGAAGCAGCUCAAGGACGCCGAGUCGCCGCGGAGCUACUACAAGUGCACCCGGGACGCCUGCCCCGUCAAGAAGAUCGUGGAGCGCUCCUUCGACGGCUGCAUCAAGGAGAUCACCUACAAGGGCCGGCACACCCACCCGCGGCCCCCCGAGCCCCGGCGCGCCGGAGCGGAGGACGUCGCCGCCCCCGGCAGCGCUCAUCAGGAGGACGAGCUGAGCGACGACGAGGAUGACGGCGAGGAGGGCCACGACAUUGGCAGCGGCGCGGGUGGUCCGGCGGGGCAGAGGGUGGUGAGGAAGCACAAGAUCAUACUGCAGACGCCGAGCGAGGUUGAUCUGCUGGACGACGGCUACCGGUGGCGCAAGUACGGCCAGAAAGUGGUCAAGGGCAACCCCCGUCCGAGGAGCUACUACAAGUGCACUGCCGAGAAUUGCAAUGUGCGCAAGCAGAUCGAGAGGGCAUCCAUCGACCCUAGGUGUGUCCUAACGACAUACACUGGGCGGCACAACCACGACCCACCGGGCAGGGGAGCUGGAGCCGCCGCCGCUGCCGGGGCAGGCGGCGGCUCCUCCUCUGAUCCCAUGCCGUCCGCAGCGAACCCGUCCGGCAGCACAUUGCACCAGCCAAGUGGCAUUCAUCAGUUGAAAGAGGAGAACCGGGAUUAACACAUUUUUAAUGGAUUUCGAGUGUGGUGUUUCCUUUGUGUGAAUAAUAGAGUUGCACUAUUGAUUCUUUUGGGCAGGUUUUUCUGCUGGCUAAUUGUUGUUUAUUGUGAUUAAUUUGACAACAUUUGUUUUAGAGGAAUUGACAUAUCCUUUUUGGCCGCAUAUGUUGGUGGCUUUUCAUGGCUUAAUUUGUAUUGUAUGAGAUAUACAUUUGUU